UCUCCCUCCUCCCGCUCGUCCUCGGGUCUAGUCACCGCCACCGCGGCCGCUGCCGGGCGCGGUGCUGGUGGGUCGGUUGGUUAGUCUCUCAACGUUGGUUGUCGGUGCCGUUGAAUUGCCCGCCAUGGCUGAGCUAGAUCCGUUCGGCGCCCCCGCUGGCGCUCCCGGAGGCCCCGCGCUGGGGAACGGGGUCGCCGGCGACGAAGACCCGGCCGCGGCCUUCUUGGCGCAGCAGGAGAGUGAGAUUGCAGGCAUCGAAAACGACGAGGCCUUCGCCAUCCUGGACGGCGGCGCCCCCGGACCUCAGCCGCACGGCGAGCCGCCGGGGGGUCCGGAUGCUGUUGAUGGCGUGAUGAAUGGCGAAUAUUACCAGGAGAGUAAUGGGCCAACAGACAGUUAUGCAGCUAUUUCACAAGUGGAUCGAUUGCAAUCAGAGCCUGAAAGUAUCCGUAAAUGGAGAGAAGAGCAAACGGAACGCUUGGAAGCCCUUGAUGCCAAUUCUCGGAAACAAGAAGCAGAGUGGAAAGAAAAAGCAAUAAAGGAGCUAGAAGAGUGGUAUGCAAGACAGGAUGAGCAGCUACAGAAAACAAAAGCAAACAACAGCACAAACAUAAACCAUCCUUGCUACAGCCUAGAACAGGCAGCAGAAGAAGCCUUUGUAAACGACAUUGAUGAGUCCUCCCCAGGCACGGAGUGGGAGCGGGUGGCCCGGCUGUGUGACUUUAAUCCCAAGUCCAGCAAACAGGCCAAAGAUGUCUCCCGCAUGCGCUCAGUCCUCAUCUCCCUCAAGCAGGCCCCCCUGGUGCACUGAAGAGCCACCCUGUGGAAACACUACAUCUGCAAUAUCUUAAUCCUACUCAAUGAGGCUGUUCACAGUAAUUGGAUUAAUUAUGUUGAGUUCUUUUGGACCAAACCUUUUUUGUCUUUAGAGUUGAUCAUUGUUUGUGAUUGCAUGUUUCCUUCAACUGUGUUCUUUCUCCCUGGCAUUCAGAGAGGAGGGGGAGGAGGAGGAAGGGAGGGAAGCUCCCCACAUUAGCCUUACCCUGUGCUUUUGUGCAUUAUUCUGAGAAUAAAUUUUUGUUUCAAACA